AAUAUACAAAAUAGAAAUUUUGAGUAUACAACAUAGAUUUCUUAUAAACAACAUUUUUGUAUAAUACAGUUCUUUAUAUAUGGUGGGGACAUAGGAAUUAUCUGCUGACACUCCUUAAAGCCCCAGUAUGUGUUUGUUCUGUUCGCGUAUAAUAACUCGCAGAAGUUCAAUUGAAUUUAGAAAUUUCGGAAAAAAUUUAUUUAAUAUUUUUAAUUAAUAAUGAUUGUUUUUAAACUUAUAUUUUUCAUGAAUUUUAUCUACUCAACUUUAGAAUUGCUUAUGCUAAUUGAAAAUGUUAAGACAAGUAAACAUAAUAAAGAAAUUGAAAAUGAUAGCCUCCGACUAGUGACAGUGAUAAUGAGACAUGGAGAGAGAGCACCUCAGGAUACUUAUCCAAAUGAUCCUUAUCUCAAUAAUUCUAUGGAACCUUAUGGUUGGGGACAAUUAACAAAUGAAGGAAGAAGAAAUCAAUACAAUCAAGGUCUUUUUCUACGAAAAAAAUAUAAUAAUUUUUUGGGUCCAACAUAUAGUCCUGAUAUAUUUUAUUUGCAAUCUACAGCAGUUGAUCGUACAAAAAUGUCUGCUAUGUUAGAAGCAGCUGCUUUGUGGAAACCAACUGAAAAACAAUCUUUUAAACGUGAUUUAGCUUGGCAACCAGUUACCUUAUUUUAUCAACCGCGUUCGGAAGAUACAUUAAUGCUGAUAUGGGAUACAUGUCCAAAAUAUACCAAAUUACGACACGCAAUUAUGAAUUUACCAGAAAUUCAACAAAUUCAAGACGAGAAUAAACAAUUUUACAAAGAAUUAACGAAUUUAACAGGUAUGGUGAUUUCAACUCCAAAUGAUGUCAAUUCACUUUAUGGAACAUUAACAGCAGAGAAACAUAUGAAUUUAAUUCUUCCCAAAUGGACUAAAAAUUAUUAUCCUGAUAAACUAAUACCACUUACAUUAUAUGAUUUUCAAUUAAAUGUAUAUAAUGAUGUUCUUAAAAGACUUAAAGGAGGACCAUUUCUUAAAAAAAUUAUUACCGAUAUGUUAGCGAAAAAAAAUAAUACUUUAAAACCCGAAAUAAGAAAAAUGUUCAUGUAUAUUGGUCAUGAUAGUACUAUUGUAACUUUAAUGGAUGUCAUGCAUGUAUGGAAUAAUCAAAUGCCAAAUUAUAAUAUCAUGAUAAUGAUUGAAUUGCAUGAAAAUAAUGAUGAAUGGAAUGUUCAGAUAUUUUUAAGAAAUACUACUGAAUAUGAACCAUAUCCUUUGACAAUUCCUGGAUGUACAACAAUAUGUCCUCUUGAAAAAUUUAUACAAAUUUUAAAUCCAAUGAUCCCAGAUAAUUGGAACGAAGAAUGUAAAGUUAAUGGAGAAUAUAAACCGCCACCGGCACCACUUCCUUAAUUAUGAUUAUUUGGCAAAAAUGCAAAAUGAUCAUGAGAAAUAUAGUAAAAGAAAUAUUACAAUAAAUAACUUCAUUUCAAAAGAUGAAUUGAAAAUGAA